AUGUUUGAGCCCGUCCGCUUCCGGGCUCCCAGAGAUAUGAUGAUUCCACAGAUCAGAAAUCCAGAAGCAGAUGCAUUGGGCAUCAUUCACGGCAAAAAACGCUCAAAUUCGAAGAAAAAGAAAAAAAUCAUCAAACAGUCAACGAUUGAUCAACCAGAUAUGUUAGAUAUGGAUCAAACUAUGACAGAUCUAUCGAUUCCUCCAUUUUUACAGCAUGCUUACGUUAAUGGUUUGCCUCCACCGAAAAUCGUCAAACUUAGGCAAUGGCAGAGAGAUCUAAUCUCAUCUCCUGAAUGGAAAUGUGGUAAAAAUGGAAUUAUCCUUGUCCCAACAUCAGGAGGAAAGACUGUUGCAGCAGAUAUCGCGAUAGCCCAAAUGUUGGAGCGAGAUCCAGACGGCAAAGCAUUAUAUGCAUUACCAUUCGUCUCCCUAGCUUCCGAGAAGACUACAGAGUUCAAAGCAAGGUUCUUUAAGCACUCAGUUCGCCCUUUUUAUCAAAAUAUAGGGGGAGCCGAUUUUAGAAGGGGGUCAAUCGCUGUUUGUACAUUUGAGAAGGCCCACGCUUUACUAAACAGUGCAUUGAGGGAUGGAUACUUCAAGAAGUUCAAGCUCAUCGUGAUUGACGAGAUACAUAUGAUAAAUGAAGAACAAAGAGGAGCAGUGAUCGAAUCUUUGAUAGAAAAGUGCCUUUUACUGAGAGAGAAGCAUAAUAUAAGGAUCAUUGGCCUUACAGCAACACUCAAUGAGUCGGAUGUUGACAAAAUCGCUACAUGGAUCGGUGGAUUUAAAUUCAUAUGCGAAUCUCGACCGUCAAGGAUCAAACAUUACUUCAAAAGUACCAAUGGAACACUCUACGUAGCCGAUAAUGGCGAAGCAAAAAAGAUUUCGACGAUGAAAUCAUUAAAUGAUGAUAAAAAACACAUUUUAUCAGUAAUCAGAUCAGUAUUACGCAACAAAAAGAACUCCACGGUUCUUGUUUUCGUUAACAAUCGCAAGCAGACCGUUUCUGUUGCAGAAUACAUCGCUUCCCACAUAUAUGAUGAAAAUCCGAAUUUACCGAGCGUUGUUUUACCAGACGAGUACUUAUUAAGUGAUCGCAAGCAACUUAUACAGAAGCUUUCCAAGACAGAUACAGGCCUAGAUGAAUCCCUGGCGAGAUGUGUGAUGAAUGGCGUCGGAUUUCAUCACGCGGGCAUGUUAUUAGAGGAAAGAAAGAUUGUAGAAGAGGCCGCAAAGAACUGUACCAUAUCAGUCAUCGUUGCAACUACUACUCUUUCCGCUGGAAUUAAUAUCAGAUCUGUAACUCGCGUUGUUAUAUACGAAGCUUACAGAUAUAUACAUGGUAUUGGCCAGCGAUUGAUACCUAACUCGUUGUACACGCAAAUGGCCGGCAGAGCUGGAAGAGACGAGUCAAUAGGAGGAGAUGUAGUUGUUUUAGGAAUGAACGAUAAGGAAAGUGAACUGACCGAUUUUUCACAACUCUGUAGCCAACGCUUGGAGGACAUAAAUCCUCAUUUACUGGAAAAUGAUUUAUUUGACCGUUUUCUGUUGCAAUGCUUCUCAACAGGACUUCUCAAAGCUGGUCUAGAAGGUGCGAUCGAGUUUAUCAAGAACUCUUUCGAAGCUUUGUCGAACAAAAAUUUAGAUUUUGAAAAUAUCGCAAAGAAUUCACUCGAAAGACUCAGAAACAGAUCAUUACUUGAUAAAGACUACAAAGUUACACCUGUUGGCCGCGCAAUUGCUGAAUCUGCCAUGAGUAUUGAAGAAGGUAUCGAAUUACAAGGAAUUAUCAAGAACGUAGAGACCGGAUUAAGCCUUGAAGAUGAUGUUCACAUGCUAUACCUUUGUAUUCCUCCUUCCGCAAUAGCAAACGAGCGAACUCCAGAUUAUGAUUCAGAUGUCUGGGAAAACAUCAUUUCCAAGCAUGAAACAGUCACAAAACUCGUAAGUGGCAUCUCAAUCAUUAACUUCCAGAAGCAUUUCAUUGAAACAAAGCACUUAGGAGGCAAAAACAAAGACGAAAAACACAAAAAGAUCGAUCACGAAUUAGACAGGUUCUAUUUCGCAUGUUUAUUGGGAGAAAUGAUCGACGAGCGACCACUUAGUGAAGUGACCAGAAGAUUUUCGAUAUCGAGAGGUGCUGCACAAAGUUUACAGAUGACAUGUGCGAAUUUUGCAGGCCAAACUGCGAAAUUCUGCGAGAAAGUUGGUUGCCCACUCUUGGGAACAGCUUUGAACGCAUUUAGAAAGAGAUUGGACUUCGGAGUUCAAUCUGAUAUUUUGCCUUUGUUAAGGUUACCGAGUUGUACCAAAUCUACAGCAAGGAAGUUGAUACAAAAGGGUAUUUCAUCACCUUCCGAAGUUGCUGAAGCUUCUACUGAAAGAUUGGCAACAAUUAUUUCAAAUGGCAAAACUGUUGAGGAUUCAGAUAUAACUAAAGCGAAGAGGUUGAAAGAUGAAGCUGCACAAGUGGCAAAAAGUCUCGCUUUUCUAGAUACUUUGGAAGAUUUCGCUGUCCAAAAUACUUUGGUUCAAGAAGCAGGUAUAGAAGUACUUUAA